CCGACAGUUCUCUCGACAUUCGACAUCUAAAACGCUACGACGCCAUUUUAUUCUUCCAGCAUUUAUCAGAGAAGAAGACCGACAAGACACUUGUUAAAACAGAGGUAGCUAAGCUAAGCCAAAGACAGUUAACGAUGAGCGGAACCAAAGCCCGCAGCGACACGCCUGUUGCUGAAAAUGUCUCCGGUGGCGGCCACAGCACUGCGGCGCCUCCGCGGGACCGCAAGCCUGGCGGAGGGGUUCUGAAGAGGCUCAAGUCCCGGAGGAGCCAGGUGGACAGCAGGCCCGUCACGGAGGAAGACCUGCGGACACAAAGUGGACACAUCACGCCGGAGGACGUGUUAGGACUGCGGGUGGCUACUCGAGGGUACCUGUGUAAACCUGAGGACAAUAUUUAUAACAUUGACUUCGUACGCUUUAAGAUCAGAGACCUGGAGACAGGCACUGUCCUGUUUGAGAUUGCCAAACCCCCACAUACAGAAGACGAGGAGAACAGAGAGGCAGACGCGUGCGCAGGGCGAUUUGUACGCUACCAGUUCACCCCAGCCUUCCUGCGCCUGAGGACCGUGGGAGCUACGGUGGAAUUCACAGUUGGAAACCGGCCUUUAAACAACUUCCGCAUGAUCGAGAGGCACUACUUCCGCGAUCACCUGCUGAAGAGCUUUGACUUUGACUUUGGCUUCUGUAUCCCAAACAGCCGUAACACCUGUGAGCACAUCUAUGAGUUCCCUCAGCUGUCUGAGAGCCUGGUCCGUCAGAUGGUGGAGUGUCCUUAUGAGACCCGGUCAGACAGCUUCUAUUUCGUCGAAAACAGACUGGUCAUGCACAACAAGGCAGACUAUGCUUAUAACGGAGGACAGUGAUAUUGGCCUGCUAGCAUGCAAAAAACACACACACACACACACACACACACACACACACACACACACACACACACACACACACACACACACACA